AUGUGUAGUUUAGUAGUGUACGCGUGUGCUUAUUGUCCCCCCUUUUCUCUUUCUCAAGGACAUUACAAAGUUUUGCAAAAUGGUGAGACUGAUGCCGAGGUUUGCCACGACAUUUAUGAGUUUCUCAUUAACUGGGCCGAACGUUACGUACCGCCAAAGUUGAAGCCAUUGUGGGAUCACCCAGCAG